AGGAAGUCCCAGCCGCAGAUGAAGCCUUUGGAGCAGAGAAAGCGGAAUGUGUGCCAGGGCAGCCUGGGCGGCUGUGCCAGCCUUUGCCGCCUAAAGCAGCGCGGCCCAGCUCGAUGAGUGAGAGAGCCGGAGCUGUGGCAUGCUCAGGAGAGCGGGACCGUCCCUGCGCCACUUCUUGCUGCAGAGGAACGUCAGUACUGGACACAGCUCGUGCUCCAGAGAGGCAAAAAUGUCAAGGCCGGUGCAAGCUCGGAGGCUGGAGGGAAUAGAUAAAAAUAUCUGGGUGGAGUUUGUAAAACUGGCUACCACCUACUCCAAGGUGAACCUGGGCCAGGGCUUCCCUGACUUCCCUGCACCAGAAUUUCUGCGAGAGGCACUGCUGAGAGCCCUCAGCGGGGGGAGCCACAUGCUGCACCAGUACACCCGUGCCUUUGGCCACCCACCUCUGGUGAAGGUCCUGGCCCAGUUUUUUGAGAAGCUGCUUGGACGAGAGCUGGAUCCUAUGACCAAUGUGAUGGUGACUGUGGGGGCAUACCAGGCCCUGUUCUGCUGCUUCCAGGCUUUAGUGGAUGAAGGUGAUGAGGUGAUAAUCAUUGAACCCUUCUUUGACUGCUAUGAGCCAAUGGUGAAAAUGGCUGGUGGGACACCUGUGUUUGUGCCUCUGAGACCGAAUCCUCCAAAAGAUGGAAGAUUGAUGUCUAGUGCAGACUGGCAGCUGGACCCAGCUGAACUGGCUUCUAAAUUCAAUGAACGGACAAAAGCCAUCGUCCUGAACUCGCCCAACAACCCUCUGGGCAAGGUGUUCAGCCGCGGGGAGCUGGGGCUGAUUGCAGAGCUGUGUGUGAAGCACGACGUGCUGUGCAUCAGCGACGAGGUGUACGAGUGGCUGGUGUACGACGGGAAGCAGCACAUCCGCAUCGCCAGCCUGCAGGGGAUGUGGGAGCGCACGGUGAUCAUUGGCAGUGCUGGGAAGACCUUCAGUGCCACGGGAUGGAAGGUGGGCUGGGUUGUGGGCCCUGACAGGCUGCUGCAGCACCUCCGUACUGUGCACCAGAACUCUGUGUACCACUGUGCCACCAUUGCCCAGGAGGCCGUGGCUCAGGGUUUCCAGAGGGAGCUCACGCUCUAUGGAAAACCAGAGAGCUACUUUGUCCAGCUGCCCAAGGAGCUGCAGCAGAAGAGAGACUGGCUGGUUCAGAGCCUGGAUGGGGUGGGGAUGAAACCCAUCAUCCCAGAGGGCACCUACUUCCUGGUGGCAGACAUCUCCCCGUUCAAAUCUGAUGUGCCCGAUGUCCCCAACUCAGAUGAGCCCUACGACUCCAGAUUUGCAAAGUGGAUGGUCAAGAACAAGGGCCUUGCUGCCAUCCCGCUCUCCGCUUUCUACAGCGAGGCCCACAAGAACAACUACACCAAUUUCAUCCGGUUCUGCUUUGCAAAGGAGGAAGCUACACUGAAGGCAGCAAGUGACAUAUUGCAAAAAUGGAAACAGGAGAAAACCAGCUCCUGAAUACACUGAGAGAGCCAGGCUCUCCUUGGUCCUCAUCUGCCCCUACUGCUCUUCUUCUUCACUUGUCUACAAACUUUGGUAUGUUCUUACUUCAGUGCUUUCAUCAACAUUUUCUGACAGACAAAUGGUUAAGUUUUUCCAGGCCCAGGGCCUGGGGGACAUUUUCAGUCACUGUGAAAUGAUUUCAAGAAGUGACACUUUGUGUGCACCGACAGCAUUUGACAUUUCUUACAUGUGAAAACUUUGCUAAUCAGUUCUGGGAUGCAUCCAGCAACACACAGGGUGAGGAUGGCACCUGGGCUCUGUCUCACCACCAAAUUCUGAAAAAGUGUUUCAGGACUUACCUUUAAGGCUGUGCUGGAGGGUUAGUGUGGCUUGUCUUGCUCCACAUCCCCACUCAGGGCAGCAUUUCCAUGGGCACUCUCGUUCUCACAGGACUAGACAGCAUCACCAGCUGUCAGUAAAGGUGACUCAGGAAGGUGGUGGAGUCACCAUCCCUGGAAGAGUUUAAAAAAAGACUGGAUGUGGCACUUGGUGCCAUGAUCUAGUUGAGGUGUUAGAACAUGGGUUGGACUCGAUGAUCUUAAAGGUCUCUUCCAACCUAGAAUUUCUGUGAUUCUGUGACUCCCAUGAUCCUGAUGAUUACAAACCCAGUGAAAUGACAUUUCCCAUCAUAAACUUUUUUCCCACUAUUUUUUAAUGUGCAUCUCUGGGGAAAAUGACCACACAAUUGGUUUCCCCCAGGAAACAGGCUUUCAGUAGCCUGGCUAUUGUCAAACCUUCCAAAUUACUCUUGGCACUUUCUCAGGGCUGGGCAGCAAAACCUUUUCUGGCCUUUGACAAGUGCACACAGUGGCUGGGGAGGAUGGUCACUGUGGCCUUGGCUGCUCCUACUGCUGGUGGCCACCACAACCUCCCACCCAGUGAGCUGGUGGGGGAAUGAGCAAUUCUGGAGAGGAAAUUCUUGCAUCAGUGUCGAUUUCAGCCUGGAUAAGACUGUAAAACAUCAUCAUCAACCACCUGGGAGUUGUGUGCAGCAGACUGUGCAAUGAGUGUUUGUAGCAGUUAAAUUAUUAAAGUGGAAUUACUGCAAUCAUG